AUUACUAUUUCAUAGAAUUUUACUUAUCGACCGAGACGUACGUACGUAUUACGUAUGAAUGCAAUCUUUUUUGAUACGAAUUAUAAAUAGUUGUUUUAUACAAAAUUCUCGAAUUUUCGAAUUUAUUGAUUUUAUUAGAAUUUUACUCGUUGUAUCGUUAAUCAUAAUAAUCUUAUACAAAUAUAUAUUUCGAAAUAAAAUAAAAGUUGAUAAGAUUGAUUAUCAAACGUAUUAGAACUGUCAAUGUUCUACAUGCAAUUUAUUUUAUCAAAAAUACGAAACUUACGGAGAAGAUAUAUCGAUAGAAAAAUAUGGAAAGUGGCUCAUUGACAAAGGUUUUACAUGAUUUUUUUACAACUAUAGAUGGAGAAUUAAGUCUUUACAAGGGAGAACAUUUUUUGAUACAUAAAGUAAUUGACAAGCAUUGGUGUUACGGACAAUCAAAUAAUAAAACAGGAAACUUUCCUUUGAAUCAUUUACAUAAAGUUGAAAUUCCAUUCUUAUUAGAUACCCAAAGUUUAUUUGUAUCAAUAGCUGCCUUUGCAGGGGAACAAUCUGGAGAUUUAUCAUUUGGAGCAGGUGAUCUUAUUAUUGGAAUACAUGAAGUUGGAUCAGGAUGGUACUACGGACAAAUAGAUUCCAGAGUUGGAAUUUUUCCUACCACUCAUACGUGGCAGUUAGAUACAAAUUUAAUAAAGAGAACGGGUAAUAAGAAAUCAAUAAGAAAAAAAGGAAGAGUUAAAGCAACAUUGAAGGCACAAUUGGAAGAAGAAUUAGAUUUAAACGAAGGUGAAGUAGUAACUGUGAUAGAAGUUUUGGAUGACGGUUGGUGUCGUGGAAUUACGGAAGAUGGUAGAAAUGGAAUCUUUCCAGAAGGAUUUAUCUCUUAUAUGAAUGAUGAGACAAGCGAUCAAACCGAUACAUGUGUCUCAAGAGAAAACGUUUUACCUUCGUCUCUAUACAAUAUUAAUUCAGUGGAGAAUAAUGUUUCCAAUAGUUAUUCGGUACAGUCAUAUAAAGAGGAGGAUCCUGCACCAAGUUAUUAUGACUUAUUUCCACAAUUUUCUACGUCCAAAGAAAAAGUUUCAGAAGAUAAUAAUCGCGACGAUAAUGCAAAUUCAUUCGACGUUAAACCAUAUGCCAUAACUUUAUAUCCAUUUAAUGCUCAAUUUCCAAAUGAAUUAAAUUUUGGAGUAGGGGAAAUAGUACAUCUAAUAAAACACGUUGAUUCGGAAUGGAUGGAAGGUUCUAUCGAUGAUAAUAAAGGAAUUUUUCCAAUAUCUUAUGUCAAUAUUGUAGUAGAUUGUCCAGAAAUGAAAGCUAAAGAAGAAAUACUUAAUAAAGAAGACAAUAGCACAGAAUAUACUCUAUUAGAACCAGGUACAAUGGCCAAAGUGGAAUAUACAUUUAAAGCACAAAUGGAUGGAGAUUUGAAUAUAACAGAAGGCGAUAUUGUAACUAUUAUCAGUAUGGCUAAUGAAAAUUGGAUUAAUGUAAAGAACGUUAAUGGCGAAAUUGGUUUGUGUCCAAGAGGAUAUUUAAGUUCAAGCCCAAUAUCAGAACCCAAUACAGAUUCCACAAUGGAUCUGUUAGAAGAUUUUGUUGUAUUAAGAGAUGACAAGCCUAGUUCAUUAACAGAUGAAGAAUAUAAACCAAAAAGACUUUCAGAACCUCAUAGACCAGCACCACCAGUACCUGCUCCUGGUCGUAUGCCAUUGCAGAACAGUAACAAAGAUUUGACAUUCGAUAAUGCAUGUGCAUCUGAAAUAUCAAUAGAUAUUAAUGAAAAAAAAGCGGAUCAAAGGCAAAACGUUAUAUCGGAAUUAGUGCUUACAGAAAAAGAGUAUGUUCGUGAUCUGACAUUAACUUAUGAAACUUUUAAUCUAUCUAAUCCUGAUUUUCUUAAAGCAAAAGGUAUAGAUGUUGAUGUUUUAUUUGGAAACAUAUUAGAAAUUAUCCAAGUUGCAGAAGAAUUAUUACAUGAGAUAUUAAGAGCUAUGAAGGGAUGUGACGAGCAAUUACAGCAAAUUGGUACGUGCUUUACAAAAAUGGCAAGUAAAUUACGCGUUGUAUAUGUGAAGUACUGUGGAAAUCACGAAGCAGCGCUUGCUUUAUUAAAAAAGUAUGAAAAUAAUGAAGAAAUUAUGAGUGUAUUUAACAAGGGUACUGAGACAUUACGUUAUCAAAUAGCUUGCUUUGACAUGAGUUCCAUUCUUAUAAAACCCGUACAAAGAAUAUUAAAAUAUCCUCUUAUUUUGUUUGAAUUAAUAAAGUGUACCGAGGAUGAUCAUCCAGAUAAACUAUCUGUAAAAGAAGCAUGGAAGGCGAUGACCGAUGUGGCUUGUUACAUUAACGAGUAUAAACGUCGAAAAGAUUUAGUGUUGAAAUAUUUAGACAAUGAUAAUACGUUAAUUAGAAAAAUGGCUAAAUUAAAUAUGCAUUCCGUUGCGAAGAUGUCAACACGUUUAAGUACGAAACUAUCUGCUAGUUUAGGUUUGAC